CAUGUAUCCAGUUAAUGUAGUCAUCCAGGGGAGCGAGCAGAAUCCUAUGGCAGAAUCACUCUAAAUGUAACGUUAGAGAACUCAUUUCAAAUUGAACGGCGUUUCCUCCAUCGCCUCAAAUGGCUGUUGCGUUUUGCUUUAAGAUCAGUAUUCUGAUGGGGCUGCUGUUCGGACAGGGUCAGCAAGCUCGACUGUACACUGAAGAGGAUCCAGUGGUUAUACUGAGCAGCGACAGCCUGAAGCAGUCCGUGUUCAACUCCUCCAGCGCCUGGCUGCUUCAGUUCUACUCGUCGUGGUGUGGCCACUGUAUCCAAUACUCUCCUACAUGGAAGGCACUGGCCGGCGACGUGAAGGACUGGGCGCAGGCCAUUCGUAUUGGAGUUCUGGAUUGUGCUCAUGAGAAGAACUUCGACAUCUGUAAGGAGUUCGGAAUCCACUUCUACCCCACCUUCAGAUAUUUCAAGGCACAUGAUACCACAAAUGAUUUGGGGAAGACAUAUCGAGGGGCUGACAGAGAGCUACAGACAGUUAGGCAGUUGAUGGUGAACUUCCUCCAAAACCACACUAGACAAAACUGGCCUGUGGGCUGCCCUCCCCUUGACCCUGUCAGGUCUGAGGACAUCCUGUCCUUAAAGGAGAAGAAAACGGAGCUCUAUACUGCAGUUAUAGUUGAGGACGUAGACUCUUAUAUAGGGAGAGAGGUAAUUUUGGACCUAAUGCCAUAUGAGGGUAUAGCAGUGAAGAGAGCUCUGAGCUCAGACAAACUUCUAAUGGAGAAACUAGGGAUUAAUUCAGUUCCCUCAGCAUACCUCUUCCACCCCAACGGCACACACACUGUGAUGAAUGUUCAGAAGAGGCUACGCUUUUUCUUCUCCUCCUUCCUAAAACUCCUCCCUGGAGUCCACAGGAAGCAGUCCACCUCAUCCCUGCAGCAUCAUAAGCCUGGAAAUAAUGGGCAGGGAACCCAAGUGGAGUGGAAAGAGUUUAAAAAGUCUAAGGUAUACAUGGCAGAUCUGGAGUCUGGCUUACAUUAUCUACUGAGGGUUGAACUGGCCACCCACAAGACCUUAGAAGGAGAAGAACUAAAAACCUUCAAGGACUUUAUAACAGUUGUUGCCAAGCUAUUUCCAGGUCGCCUGUCUGUGGUGAAACUUCUUGAGACGUUGUUAGAAUGGCUAGUCAGUUUACCUUUGGAGAAGAUCCCUUAUAAUGCUAUUCUGGACCUAGUUAACAACAAAAUGAGGAUAUCGGGCCUGUACCUCAGUGAGCAAGUGCAGUGGGUUGGAUGUCAGGGCAGUAGUGUGGCACUAAGAGGAUAUCCCUGCUCCCUCUGGACACUGUUUCACGUUUUGACUGUGCAAGCAGCCAACCGACCUGAUGCUCUAGCCAACACUGGGUUUGAGGAUGAUCCCUUGGCAGUGCUUCAAACCAUGCGGCGCUACAUUGGGACCUUCUUUGGUUGCCAGGAGUGUGGGAAGCAUUUUGAGGAGAUGGCUCAGGAGUCUUUGAACCAGGUCAAGUCUGUUGAUGAGGCAGUACUGUGGCUGUGGAGAAAGCACAACCAGGUUAAUGCAAGACUGACAGGCUCAAUGAGUGAGGACCCCAUGUUUCCUAAGACUCAGUGGCCUACUCCUGAUCUCUGUCCCACAUGCCAUGAGGAGCAAGAAGGCCUUCAUGUCUGGGAUGAACAGAUGGUCCUGGCUUUCCUCAAACAACACUACGGUGCUUCCAACAUCUCCCCAAAAUACUCCAGCAGCAGCCAUCCAGAGCCAGGCCCUCCGGCUCUUGACAAUCCCAAAGCCAUAACCAAACCUAAAAGCAACGUUCACCUCAACCAGAACCUAAAACCUUCUCCUGAGAAUAUUCCUUUACAUCAGAAGAGGACUGGCAUUAAUGGUGCGGAAGAGAAGCACUCUGGUGUCCAGAUAGAAGCCAAACCAGGGAUGACAUUCCUGGGUCUGGGAUUCUCCAGCGUGGACAUGAGUCUCUGCGUGCUGCUCUACGCCCUCUCCUGCGUCUUUCUCAUGUUCAUGUUCUUCUUCUUCCGCUUUCGUUCAAAGAGAUGGAAAGGCAGAAACUACCGCCCUUACGUAUAAUAGCAGAAUACUGAGAUGGAAAACUGUGAAUAAGGUGCCAAGUGUUGAAGGAGACUUAAUUUAUUUGAUUAUUUUAAAAUUUUGGAGGCUGGGGUGAGCAUUGUUGUUGAUGUUUUUAUGAUGUAUUUUGUAAUGAAGAACUUGUCUUAGGAUUGAUGAAAGCUCUGCUCAGGCCUAGUUGUGUUAGUGAGGAUUCCUCAACCCUAAACACAGAGGAUUAUUUAACAUGAGAAACUAUUUUAUUACACUAAAAAGGAACAACCUAGGUCAAAAUAUUUUUUUAUGGAAUAUUCUACAUUAUUUAUCUAGAUUUUUAUUGAAAUAAUUUAUCCCAAGUUAGUUUCUCAUAGGGUAUAAUAUUGUUCUCUAUGAAUGUCACACUGUCCCCAUAUUUCUAAUUGACGGUCCAAAAACACUUGAGUAACUUGAUUUAUUCUGUCACUCAAGGUCGCUAGCGGAGAAGCCAGUGAAACAUAACACUGCCUGUCAAUGACCAGUGGAAAAACCCUCGGUUUUGUUACUCUCAUGGUCCAUUGAAAUUUGUUAAAUAGGCUGCUUGAACUCUGUUUUUUUAACUCUGCAUGUGAAGUCACAAGAGCUACUACUAUUAUUAGUAGUAGUAGUAGUAUUGACUUGAAAAGGUGGCUUAAUUCCAAUUUUUUAAUUCCACUUUUUUUUUUUAAAAUCUUUUUUAAAUCUGGUUGAUUUAUUGGUGUAACUCUGCAGCGAGGGGUUUAUAAUAUCUAUUGAAACAGUUAAAACUUUUUUUUCUUUUUCUGUAGAUUGCAGGGAUACCUUUAAACUGGAACACACAU